AUGUUUUGUGCACGUGACGCAACCAGGUCCAGCAAAGCACGUUUUACCGGUGCCAACGGCGACAGGUGGCGGUGCAGUUCGUCGAGCACCUCAGCGUCGGGAUCGACCUUGAGCUUGUUGCAAGUCCAGCUGUGCAACAAGCUUGCCCAGAUACAGCAUUCUGUCCAUCUGCGACAUCCCGUGGAACUUGAGCAGCAAGAGGAGGAGGGUCUUAACUACGCAGAGUACGUUUUCUCGAAACUGUUCCCAUUUGGACCUGCGGGUAAUGCUCUACUGGCAACGACCUACAUCUCGGGGCCUCCGAACUUCAUUCUCGCCCUUAUCCCGGCCAACAUCGACGUCUCGUCCUUGUCUCUUCUGGUCAGCUUUGCCAUCGGAGGACUUCUCGGAGACGUGUUUCUGCACCUUCUGCCACAAACGUUUCUGGGCGAGCCAUUGGAACACAAGGCGUCAUUUGUUCUGGUUGACGGAAAACGCAACUGUGUGCUUGGGUUCUGCAUUUUCGUUGGUUUUCUGUUUUUCUUUGUGAUUGACAAAAGUUUGCGCAUUCUCGAGCACACUCGCGAGGGGUCGGCGCACUCGCACUCGCAUACCCUUGCAGAGCCUGUGGAGAAACCAAAGUCGAAAAAAAAGAAGGGGAAAAAGAACAUAGAAACCAAAGCACAGCCUGUGGUGGCGAACCCGAACGCCAGUGUCAAGACGUCUGCGUAUCUCAACCUGAUUUCAGACUUCACGCACAACAUCACCGACGGUCUUGCAAUUGCGGCCUCGUUCUACAUCUCCAAGACUGUGGGCUGCACUACGACUCUGGCUGUGUUUUUCCACGAAAUCCCACAUGAAGUGGGGGACUUUGCGCUUUUGAUCCAGGGCGGGUUCACCAAGUGGCAGGCCAUGAGCUCACAGUUUGUGACCGCAAUUGGCGCUUAUAUGGGCACAUUGAUCGGCAUAGGCAUCCAGACGAUGUCGGGCGAGGCCAGCAAGCUGGCAGCGCUCAAUUCGUCCGGUCUCUUUGGCACUACUGUUCAGAUUGGGGACCUCACUUUGCCCUUCACUGCAGGCGGAUUCCUGUACAUUGGUUUCAGCGUGGUGCCGGAGCUGCUGGAACUGGGCCAGGGAACUACAAGACUACAAGAAUUGCGCAAGUUUGUGAGCCAGAUCUUCUUCAUCUUUGUGGGCAUCGGCUUCAUGUUUUUGAUUGCGUGGAACGAAUAGAUGUUAGGACAAUAUAUAUAAAAUUUUUCUCAAGUGGGUAUAUCUGCAAUUUAAGGAGCCCGAUCUUUUUUCCCACUGUGCACAUCGGUACUAAUAAUUACUAUCUCUGUUCUCCCAGACCGCAAAUGACUGUGUAUAAAUACAGAUUCGAAUGGUAUGUGCGUGAAGAGACACCGGAUCAGCGAGUUUUUCAGUCGGAUCGCAGCUUUUUCCCUAAUGUUGAUUCUCUCUGAUAACAGCUGAUCAAAUCAAGAUAUCGACUUCUAACCAUCUACAGGCUGUCCAGCGACGCCAAACAGGUGUACGUCACUGGAUCGUUCGACGGUUGGUCCAAAACGUGCCAGCUGGACAAAACAGGCGUGGGUUUUGCCAAGGUUGUUGAGUUGCCCUUUGAAAAGAUCGUCUUCAAGUUUGUUGUGGACAACCAAUGGUACACUUCUGACAAUGACAAGAAGGAGUACGACGAGUGCGGGAAUCUCAACAACGUGCUGUAUCCGGACGAUUUAAUUAGAUACGACAACGAGGAUGGCGCCAGCGAGUUCACGGCCAUCUCGUACCCAGACGCAGACGGCGACGACGCUGGCCGUGUGGCGCACGCGCAGCGCGAGGUCCCUGACGAGGAGGACCUGGGCAGCUCCACGCAGGUCACACUGAAAGACGAGUAUCCGAUGUCCGAGUCCAGCGGACACGGGAUUUUCGCGCGCCUGCGCUCGUUCUUCAAAUAGUGGUGUGUCGACAUGUUGGUUGCUUUAUUUAGGCUUUGCUUUUGUGCCUAAUGGCACUCAUUGGUUUGCCCAUUUGGCGAACUCGGCUCUUUUUUGUUUCAAUGCCAGGUAUCCCGGUCGGUUGAUCAGUUCCUCAAACAACGCCACUCCUUGCACCUCCAGCUCUUCAGUGGCCUUUUCCAUAUAAAUGUACUUGAGCGGCUCCUGUUUGUAUCCCCUCACCUCCUUGCCUGUGACGAUGUCGUGCUUGGGGCUUGGACGCGGAACCCCGGCCAAACUGCCCACCAGAACCAACACGCACGCCAAACAGGCUUCCAGCUGGACGUCCAACGGCAGAGCGUCGCCCAGCUGGUGGAAUUGGUACGAAGAGUACGCGGAAUUGGCAAACAAAAUGGCCGCUCCAACGUAACAGAC